CGCGGCGUUGAACGAGUUUGUAGGCCCAUGUGGUAAUUAACACUACUGUUUACAAGAGGAAGCACGUGAAUACAUUCGAAGACUUUGAUGACUGGGACGAAUUUUAGAUUAAAUUUUAAAUUUCCAUAAGAAGAUAGUGAGUGCAAACAAAGAAAAAAACCAUGGAUAUAUAAAAGAUGAAUUGGUUGGACCUGGAUGUUUUGUAAGUGGCACAUUCCCACAAGUCCUACGUUGGAUGUGAACAUCGAUGAGGAUCCCUUUUGACCGUUUUCGGUUGUGGUGUAUUUAAUUAGUUGGUGAAUUCCGUCCAUGCUUGCCUCUCACCAUGGGUUGUGCGAUGUCUGCACAGCAAACAGAAUCUCUGAUGGAAUCUAAGAAAAUUGACAAAAAACUUCGAGAGGAUCGUGAAAAGUCUCAACAAGAAAUCAAACUUUUAUUGCUGGGAGCCGGAGAAUCUGGGAAAAGCACGAUUGUGAAACAGAUGAAGAUUAUUCACGAUGAUGGUUACUCCAAAGAAGAAUGUCUCCUUUAUAAGCCCGUUGUAUACAGCAACACGUGUGUUUCCCUCAUAGCUAUUAUCAAGGCUAUGGGCGAGCUGGGAAUCAGCUUCGCCAACUCCGAUAGAGAGGAUGACGCGAGACAGGUAAUGACCUAUAUGGCAGACGAAGAAGACCGUUUUUUAGAGUUGUGUGGGGCGUUUAAAAGACUCUGGAAUGAUUCAGGUGUCCAGGACUGCUUCAGUCGGGCAAGAGAAUACCAACUCAACGAUUCCGCGGAAUAUUACCUGGACGCUCUUGACCGGAUUUCCAUGGCUGGGUACGUCCCAACGGAACAGGAUGUCCUGCGGACCAGAGUGACAACCACCGGAAUCGUCGAGACAUUAUUCAGUUUUCGGUAUUUCCAUUUCCGUUUGAUAGACGUCGGAGGUCAGAGGUCGGAAAGAAAAAAAUGGAUCAACUGUUUUGAAGGCGUAACAGCUAUCUUUUUCAUUGUUGCUAUGAACGAGUACGACCUUUUCCUUCGCGAAGACGAGUCUGUGAACCGUAUGGUAGAGAGUAUGAAGCUGUUUGAGUCUAUCUGUAACAACAAGUGGUUUAUGGACACUUCUAUCAUACUCUUCCUCAACAAGAAAGAUCUGUUCGAGGUCAAGUUGGAAUCGUCUCCCCUUAUUGUCUGCUUCCCCGAGUACACAGGUGAAAAUGUGUUCGAGCAGGCCGCUAGUUUUGUGAGAAAAAAGUACGAGAAGCUAAACCGAAACAAAGACAAGGAGGUGUACACUCACUUCACGUGCGCUACCGACACAAACAACAUUCAGGUGGUGUUCAGUGCAGCUAUUGAUAUCAUAUUACAAAUUCAAUUAAAAGACGUCUCGCUCAUGUGAGAAUAGGACUAAAGCUCGUACUUCAAGACCGCUUAUCUCGUAUGUCUACCUUGUUCAAGGACUCCCCUCUCGAAAGAGUAACGAGAUUGUGGCGUCACUGAUCUCGUCGGCGCUCCUCACACGAAGAUAUAGAAGGCCCCUCUCGCGUUUGCGAGACAGGAUCACUCCAACACACCUACGAAGGGCGUUAUCCUCAUGUAAUUGAUUCUUCAUUACAUUAUGAAUACAUUAUUGUGACGUCAUACGAUUCUGUCAUGUGACCAAGUCAUCGUAAAAAGGAGAUUGACUGAUGAUGACUUGAAACGUGUCGUAAGAAUCCCAAGCAAGGUCCUGUAAGAAAAUCAAAAAUUGAUAUUUUGUUGAUGUUUUAUUUUGGUGGCCGUCUCCAUGGAGAUGUUAAGAGUUUAGAACUUCUCCAAUCUUUUCAACCCCUUAUCCGGAACAUCCUUGUCGUUUUCCUUUCUCCUUAAUCCUCUGUUUAAAAUAUUUCAUUGAUUGUACUUUUAUUGCUGUCAUAUAACAUGUUUAAUGAAAUAAUUUUGAAAAAGUGAUUUUAUG